CAUGCGCACUUGACCUGUCACACCCUCUGCGAAUGGACACCGGUGCCAGCAUGUGUAACGACGAACCCCUCCAGGUGGUUGGCGCGGAGCAGAGCCGAACGGCGUGGUGGACCGAGCAUGGGGAGAUCUGGCCAUGAGAGUAACUUCGCUAACACUUUGCUGCGGAGUAAUGAAGUGUGGAGAGGAAGGAUACGCAGCGUGGCAUCUAGAGGCUUAUUAACGUUUGGAUCGUAUAGAAAUCUAGUUUUUGACGCUUCAAACGGUUUUUCUACAAGUUCUUCAACUCUACCGUGUCGCUUUUUGUCGCUUUUCCAUCGUCUAUGUUUACCCAAAGUCUUGAACUCCCCUACGACACCCCGAUUCCGUCCGAGUGACACCGAUCAGGAUGGGCCGAUUCGACAGCAAAGGGCAGGAUGACGCGAGCGAUUCGUCAAGAGGGAAAUACAACGAUGUCAACAUGGACGAGACCAAACUCCUUAACGGCUCCGACUCGGAUGUGGAGUAUCCGGUCCAGCAGAUCUUGGAGUUAAACCGAUCCUUGCGGCGAACGAAGUUCCUGUUGCGACUUGUGGUGGGAACCAUCGGAGUCUCCAUCCUUCUCUUCAUUAUCGUCGUCUCGGUCGCCGGGGCAAAGAGGGAUGAAAUUUUGAAGUUGAUCGGGGGAAAGCGGCCGGAUAGGAUAAUGAAGUCUCCGGUUCCGCCUCUGCCUCUUGAAACGGUCACCUUUGUGGAAGAGAAAAUAUAUGGGAUGAAGUCGACCCCGGAAUCGGACGAGGCCUGGAACAGAUUACUUCCGGAUGGUCGAGGUUUCGUCUACAUCCCCGACUGGGAAGACUACGAUCUUCCGCCCGGCCAAGACACCCCUUGGGGCGUGAUUUACAGCACGGCACUCUACCAUCAGAUCCACUGUCUCGGGCAGAUUCGAAAGUACGCGUGGAUGAUGGUGGACGGAAUUUCGUCGGACGAUCCCGCCAAGCUCCAAGCCGUGAAGGAGCACGUCACCGGGAAGGACCAUCCAGACCACUUGUACCAUUGCUUCGAUUACCUGCGCCAGAGUCUGAUGUGCUGCGGAGACAUGGCAAUGGAAUGGCCUCGAACUGAGGAGACCGGUGAGCGAUAUGUCGUGGAUGGAUGGAACAUUCCGCACGAGUGCAAGAGCAGAAAUGGAAUCGAAGAGUAUAUGAGAAAGGCUCAUUUCAACCACUCGCAGAUGGAUGAGAUUGCCCCCCACAGAUGAAUAUUGUCUUGAACACCGCCCUCUGUUCCAUCAAUGGAAAUAUAGCAUAGUAUUUAUGAAAAUGUACGCUAGUGUUUACGAUCUGAAUAUCCGCU